AUAGUAAAAAAACAAUGAAUCCAAAUACGAUUUCCAAUGAUGCUAUUUGAAACAUAAAAAAAAUAUUAUUUCACAUUUUUAAAAUGAAAAUCAGACUGUUUGAAAUGAAAAAUGAAUUUUGAAAAUCAAAUUUUAAAAACUAUAUAAUUUAUAUAUUUCAUAAAACAAUAAAAAUAUCAAACUAUAGUAAUUUAAAAAAUAAAAUAUUAUUUUGAAUAGAUAUUUAAAAUAUAAUUUUUUAAAAAAAAAAACUCUGGAUUUUCUUUAAAAACCUUUGAAAUUUGUAACAAAUUGUUUUAAGAUUACUCAAAUCUCUGAUUUCUUUUUUAUUUAUUCAAAUCUUAAUUUUUUCUCAAAUCCUGGAUUCAGUAGGCCCCUUAUGUUUUAUUUUUGUAAACCGAAUCGACUAGAUAAUUAAACAAAAGCAGGGGGUUAGUUUUUUUUUUUUUUUUUUUUUGGUAAAAUAAGGGCGUUAGUUUUCAAUAUCAAAAACGAAAGUAUUUAUAAACUUGAUAGUGUUUUUGGAAAGACCUAAUCGUGGGUUUACUUUACACUAAUGUUAUACUCUUGGGUUCAAGCCGUCGCCUCUGCGGCUACAAGUCUCAUAGUCGAACCACCGUGGAAAAAGAGGAAACCGAAUCCACCUCCUCCACUGUCGUUUUUGUCGCUUCCAGAUGUAAUAAUUCUAAACUGCUUAGCCCGCGUAUCGAGGUCCUACUACCCUAAACUUUCCCUAGUCUCCAAAACCUUUCGCUCUCUCAUCUUAUCCAUUGACCUCAACCACGCACGCUUUCACCACCAAACACAAGAAGACAUUUUUUAUAUAUGUUUACAGCUUCCCGACCGUCCUCUUCCAACAUGGUUCACCCUUUGGAUAAAACCUGACGAGGAGGAGGUGAAGAAGAGAUCUAUCUUUGUACAAGUGCCGUCUUCCUACGAUUCUCGAGAACCGUUGUCCUAUUGUACGGUUGGCUCAGAUCUCUAUGCACUCAGACAAAGCUAUCCUCCGUCCCCCUCAAUGUUUGUCCGCAACAAGAAGAGUGUUGUAUGGCGUAACGCACCCAACAUGACUGUACCUCGAGCGUAUCCCGUUGCGUGCAAACUAGAUGGCAAGAUAUAUGUAAUGGGAGGUUGCAAUGAUGACAAAUCCAAAAAAUCAUGUUGGGGUGAGGUUUUCGAUACAAAUACUCAAACAUGGGAAACUUUACCUAACCCUAAGGCUGAGCUCCGGUUCUCUUCGAUGAUCAGAGAAACGCAGAUUAUCGAAGGAAAGAUAUACGUUAGGAGCAUCGAUGAGAUAGAUUCUGUUUAUGAUCCGAAAACACGAAAGUGGGACGCUACAGAAAAAGCACUCGUGGAUGAUAGUAGGUCUAUGGUAAUGGUAGGUGAUUUAUAUUACUCUUGUCGUGCGAAAAGUUGCAAGUGGUAUGACACAAAGUGUGACAAGUGGAAACUAGUCAAGGGGUUGUCUUCGUUGAAUAAGAGUUAUUGUCGUCGUGGUUUGAUUGAAACAGUUGAGUAUUGUGGGAAACUCUUAAUCAUUUGGGACAAGUUUGCGCAGCCUCGUCGUUAUUGUCAUGAAAAGACUAUUUGUUGUGCUUUGGUUGCGUUUGAAAAGCGCCAAAAUGGUCAAGUUUGGGGAAAGGUUGAGUGGUCUAAUGCUGGGCUUACGGUUCCAAGUUCAUACGUCUACAUGCGUUAUUUAGUGAAUGUCUUAUAAAUUUAAUUCUUAUAACAUUGUUUAGAAUCUUUGGUAGCACCAACGAUUCAUAUAGAUCUAUUACCUAUUCUUUGGUGUGGCUUUUCUGAACCUUUAUUAAUUAGUUUGGUGUGACACUAUGCCACUUGUUUUUUUGUUUUUGUUUGUCUUUGUUUUUGUUUUUGUCUGUGCUUGGUGCUGACUUUAAAAUAGUAUAAGAGGAACAAAUGUAGAGGAAAUGUUUUCUUGUUGAUUUUAAAUCUGGUAAACUGAGGUUGUGGGCAUUGGCUGAGCUAGAUUUCAUUUUUAUAUGGGUUAUAACUCAUCUAUUAUGGAUAAAAAAAAGUACAUCUAUGAAUUUGAACCUAUGGCAUGUGGGUCAAAAGGUGGGAUCUUAACUAAAUUAUCACAAUAACAACGUGCACAUUAGGCCUACAAACUUAUAUUUAUAGAUUCCACAUGGUUCAGUUGACCACCAUACCUCUUAAGUGGGCUCGGCCACUGGUUUGUGGGCAAAUGAAUCCAAGAAUUGGGACUAGGUUUUCGACCUAAAACUCAAACAUGGGAAUCACUACGACAUUACCUGACCCUGGCUCCGAACUAGUGCUGGAAAGCGGGUCAAACCAGCCCGCCGCGGGUUGUGUCAUUUUUUUACUCAAAAAUUUGACCCGUAAGAAGAAAAUAUAACACCC